AUGUUUGGCAGUCAAUUUCAGACCCAACCGUUUGGUCAGUCGACGCCCGGCUAUUAUCCGCACAUGACUCCGCAACAGCAGCAGCAACAUCAUCAUCAGCAGCAACAACAAAACCAAUUUGCUUGGAUGCAGUACCAGCAAAUGCUGCAAGCACAGCACUUCUACGGCCAGCAGCAGCAGCAGCAUCAUCAGCAGGCCCAACCCUCUCCUUCGAGCGAGGUCGGUCCCGGUUCCGGUCCCGACAGCCGUCGGCGCACCUCAUCUACGCCUCAACGCCCUCCAAACGUUACCUACAACGACACUUUUCGUCGUGAUCAACAGCAAGCUGCCCCUGUCCUUGCUCCCUUCCCUGGCGUUCCCUACGCCGCCGGCGUGCCCCAGCUCAGUUCGAUGCGCAGCUUCAACGGUCAGCCCGGUCAGCCCGGUCAGCACCUGGCUGCUGGUCAGUUUGGCCCCGUGCCCCCGUCCGCUCACUCGGUUUCAUCCUCGGUCUCGUCUGCAGGCGGCUUCCACCCUUAUCGCAGGGCACAACGUGGAACCUCGGAUGUCGGCACAAACAACACGCAGCAUUUUCCAUCGAGCAACGCAGCCGCUGUUGCCCAGCAACCCGUAGCCGCCCCUCGGAUUCGCACUGCAAGCACAGCUUCGCAGUCCUCCUCGCGGGAGACCUCGCCCAUGCUGACCGCCGAUCGCAAACGUGGCUUUGGUACAGUCUCCCCCUCUGCUUCCACUCCAGGGUUUGCGACCAAUGGUCCAGCUUCCAAGGGCGCGCCUUCGUCGACUAGCUCCUCUCACGCCGGGCUUUCUCACUUGCGCGGCGCUCCACCACGGACCAACAGCCAAUCGUCGAUCGGUUCGGAAGCUUCUUCCAGAACUGCUACCGCCUCUGCUGGUGCUGCCGUUGGUGCAUCGGCUCCCGUUCAUCAGCGAUCCAACUCGUCAGCCUCGGUUCAAUCUGUUAAUGCCUCCCAGCGCGUCCAACCUCCUAGCAUCGCCAACUCCAAGAAACCAUCACCCCUGUCCAGACAAGCAGCCAAGGAUGAUGACGAAGAGGCGGUCUACGGAGGCAGCGAUGACGAUCGUGUCGAUGGCGGGCGCUCCACUCCUAUGCCUGGCUAUGCGCCCAAACCAUCUAAAAAAACAGGCUUGUCGAGCAAGCUUCGCAAGGCUCUGUCCUUCUCCAACAUGAACGAUAUCCAAGACAAUGCUGCCAAUGGCUCUUCCUCCGCCGCAGCUCUUCGGCGUCCUCAGAACGGCGUUUUUGGUCGUGAGCUCGGUGUUCUGCCCAAUUCGUCUGGAGACACCAACGCCUCAACCGGGUCGACGCGCUCCACGUCGCCUCCUCGCACGCCUGACAACAGUGCUGCACUUCCUGGUUCUUCGGCUGCGUCGAUCACCUCGCGACGUGGCACGAGACCUCCUCUCUCGACCAACAACGAUGGCAAACGCAGCAUCUUUAACCGCAAGUUCAACUCGUCGACCGACAAUAUUUCCAUCUCAUCGACCGUUUCGAGCGCUUCGGUCAUGCUGCGCAAGGUGGGCAACCUUGGAAAGCUGGCGCGACGCCACUCGCUAAUGGGCCUCACCAACAUGUUUAACAAGGACAAGGAGGGUCGAGACGGCCUCCAUGGCGAUUCAUUUGGCACCAUCCCCUCCGCUUCGGACGACUCAGCUAUCAACACAAAGUCCAAGAAGCCACCCAAGAGCAAAAAGGGCACCCCUGUCACCGCCUCCAUUACGCACGCCACCGUUGAGCUCGAAAGCGCUCGUGUCAGCGAAACGGGCAUGACGCCCGCUGCCUCGUAUGUGCGCCAGCAUCAGCUUCAGAUGCAGGCGCAAGCAGAGGCAGAGGCGCGUGCCGCCCGUGAACGCCAAGAGUCCGAGGCCAGAGCACGAGAGGCGGGCGAGAAUCGUCAGAAGAUGAUCGAGAAAGAGAAGGAGAGGCUCAAGUCGAAGCGCGGCUGGCGCAAAAAAUUCGGCAGCAGCAGCGGCGGUGGUAGUAUCAGCUCCAUCACUUCGGAUGCGCCUACAGGGCUCGAGAUCACAUAUGCCGAGCCAGAGCACUAUGUCGAUGCUGCUGAUGGCCACCAAAACGCUGAGCCGCUUGUGUCUGCUGCGCCGCCUCAAAUCUCGAUGCCUUAUGGCGAAGACGGUGGUUUUGACGCUUCGUUUGACGGCGAGUUGCUCGAGCCACCCCACAUGCCCGCCGCUGGCGGCUUGGGCGGUGAAGACUCUGGCGACGAGUUUGAGACUGACAGCCUGCGCCACUGGGGUGAAGGCAUCGAAAGAUCGCGCGCCAGUGCAUCCCAGUUCAAGAACCCCAAGAGCAUCCUCAAGAAGACAGUCUCUACACCGGAUCUUUCGCUCAGCGGCGGUUUUGAGAAGCCGUUCGCCGGCCGCAUCCGCGCCAACUCGUAUGAUGCGCCCCAGGCUUCUUCGGCCUCGGCAGCCUUGCACAGCUCCAACACCAUGACCACCAUUUCGAGCAGCACUGCCGGUGUAGAGCGUCUAGACGGCGUUGGUGCCAAGACUGAUUCGCCUGUGUCCUCUCGACCCGGAUCCCGCUCGGGUGAUGCGCCGCCGCGAUCCGCAUCACCUGGCUCGAUUCAGCACGCAGGAGGCGUGUUGGGACACCACUCGAAUUCGUCGAUGCCUACCUUGUCGUUGAUGAUGGACCCAUCGGCCGACUUUUUGCCGCAGCGCUCGGUGACGGCGCCGACGCAAGCCAAGAAGAAGCUCUCGUUCGCUGACGACCUCAUUUUCCACUCGACCUGGCCUGCCACGGUAUACGACCGACGCGGCGAGCAAGCGACGUGUAAUCGGCUCACGCCUCUGUUGGCGCAGCGCAUCAAGGAGGAGCUCAACACGUACAAGAUGGAGGAGAUGGCGGUGGCGCCAUCGAGCCGCAUCUACACACACUUUUUUGUCUGA